CGAGUUUCAUCUCCCCAGGACUUUGGAUUCGCGUCGCCGACAUUUGCACCGUCGCCACAGCUGCCCUCGAUGACAUCGUGCCGCGGUGCUGUGUUAGCGGAGCGCAAGUCCGCACGAACGUUGCCCCAUGCACUGGCCGCCCCGCCCGCCGCUUGAGCCACCGAUAGCGAUAGCCUCGAAUUUCCCUUAAAUCGCCGUCAUGGCAACGCCCGAGACGCCUGCCGACACAUCCAUUGCUGAUGCCGUCAACGUGUCGACAAGCCUUCACUCCCUCCAGAAGUCCGUGUACGCCCGUCGCUCCGAAUACACCCGCCGACAUCGCACACGCAUCAAAGUCGGGACCUGGAAUGUCGCCGCAUGCCGUGGAACGGAUAAGGAUCUUGCUAGGUGGUUCGUCGACGGGGAGGGCCUGGACGUGGCGCUCGGCCCCUCACGGCCUUCUACCGACGGGCGACAGGUCGGUUUGUCGGGUCCGGAAGCGUCCGUUCACCUCGCGGGGAGUGACCAGAUCGGACUUUACGUUCUCGGGCUUCAAGAAGUCAGUGUCCUCUCGGCUCCCGGGCAGUACAUGACAUGGAUCUACGCUGCGGAUACCACGACAGUCGACCGCUGGAAGGCGGCCAUGGAGGCGGCUCUACCUGAAGGCUACCAACUUGUUGCCGCAGAGCAGUUGGCGGGGAUGCUGUUGCUGGCCUAUGCUUCCCCCGAGGUCGCUCCCACUGUCAGCAACAUCAGCACUACUACCGUCGCGACUGGUGCCCUGGGUUACCUUGGAAACAAGGGCGCCGUUUGUGCCCGCAUGAUUCUGGGCGAGACCACUCAAUUGGUGUUUGUCAACUGUCACCUCGCGAGCGGAGUCGAGGAGUACAAUCUCGAGCGUCGGAUAAACCAGGCCCAGCAGAUUGUGACUCAAGCUCGCUUUGACCCAGUCUGCAUUGCCGGAGUCGUCGAUGACGAGAAGAGUAAGAUCGGCGACGAGGACUUUGCUUUUUGGUUUGGCGACCUAAACUUCCGUCUCGAUCGUCUGCCUGGUGACGACAUCCGGCGACUGUUAAUGCUCCACACACGGGGCGAGUACGACCUAUCUAAGAGAAAACUACGCCGCGAGAGCUCACUUGAUGGUGAGCCCAUUGUCGUCCACAGGCUUUCGGACAGCAGUGACGAGGUGGUAGACCAGGAUCCCGACGAUCAAUCCCAGGAGAAUCUACCAGACAAGGCUGAAGACGCGGAUGACGAGUCGGUCGAGCUUCCGGACCCCGACGAGUUCCCUCCCGACCCGCACGAAGAUCCGGCAUCUCUUCAAUCCACGCUCGACUCGCUGCUUCCCCAUGAUCAGCUUCGACGUUUGAUCAAAGAGCGUAGGGUGUUCCACGAGGGUUGGAAGGAGGGCCCCAUCACCUUUCUGCCAACCUACAAGUAUGACGUCGGCACCGUGGCUCUCUUCGAUUCCAGCGAGAAGCGUAGGCCACCUAGCUGGUGCGACCGGAUCCUCUACCGCACACGCAGAGACAUGGAGGAGUACGAACGGAAGAUCAGAGAGGAGGAAGAGGCGCGCAAGAAGGACGAGGAGAUGAAGGCUCGUGGCAUGGAAGAAGCAAGUGAUGAUGACCAGGUUCUGUUUUCAUACGAUCCCGAGAACGACGGAGAUGAACAUCCGAGCUCUGCUGGUUUGGAGUACGAUGCAUAUGAUGAGGCGGAAGACGACGGCAGCGGGCAGAUGCCCGAACACAGCAGCCAGAACGGUACUAGUAUACACCUGGACCUUUAUACCUCUCACCAGCGUAUAACGUCGUCAGACCACAAGCCGGUCAGCUCUAUUUUCACACUUGAUUACGACGCUGUUGUGCCGGAGUUGAAAUCAAAGGUGCAUGCCGAAGUCGCACGAGAGCUGGAUCGAGCCGAGAACGAGGGUCGUCCCGCCAUAACCAUCGCGGUAGACCACGAUAGCCCACACGUGGCUGACAACGGCUCAGACUCCUCGCCUCACGUCGACUUUGGCGAGAUAGGGUUCUUGGAGAAACACACACUGUCACUCACCCUGGCAAAUACUGGCCGGGUCCCUGCGACUCUGUCCUUCGUUGAGACACCGACAGCCGGGGGCUUCGGGGACAAGGAUGCCGCUCGGACGCAAUGGCUGACGCCCUCCUUUGUGCACUCAGAGCCCGCACAUGAUCAAUCAGACCCGGUAGACCUCGGCAGUGAGGUCACACUUGAACCGGGAGAGACGGUCAAUGCCGUGCUCGAUGCUCUGAUUGACGAUGUCUUGCAUGCUCGGAUGCUCAACGAGGGUCAAACACCCCUAGAGCAGGUCCUCAUUCUCCGGGUUGCGGACGGCCGCGAUCACUUCAUCCCGGUUCGAGCGUCCUGGAAGCCCACCUGUAUUGGCCGUUCGGUCUCGGAGCUUACGGCAGUCCCCGAUGGCGGCAUCCGAGCAUUUGCCAAGUCCCUUGCAGAAAAGAGAAACGGAGCCAAUACGGCUCCGUCCGACCUCCCUACCCGCCAACCAGUGACUAAAGAGAUGUUUAAGCUUGCCGAGGCGGUCGAGGCCCUGACGCAGCGUGUGCUAGCCGACGCCCAGAUGCUUGAAGACUGCGCUGUCCCAUCCGACCCCGGCUGGCCCUUCGACGAGGCUACCUGCAAGUCGACUGACGUCAACACCAGAGUCAAUCACAUCGCCACCAUCAUCGACGCUCUCGACCGAGACGAGCCUAUCUCCUCGGCCUUCGAGCCCGAGACACCGUCCAUUGAGCGCCUCGAAGCGGUAUCUCAAACCCUGCUCCUUUUCCUCCGCGGCCUUACGGAUGGGAUCAUCACCGCCGCGCUCUGGCAGUGUAUCGAAGAGGCAGCACCUUCCCUCCCGUCGCUGGCCAACCCAAAUACUACGGCUGAAGACGACUCCGCCCUCGAGAACGACCGCACUACAGUCCUCGAGAUCCUCCAUUCCAACCUCUGGCACAGCGUCUGCUUCGAGUUUCUGACUACCACUCUGGCAAGGGCGAUAUCAGAGCUCUCUCCCCUGUCGAAGGCCGAGUGGGAACUUAUCAGGAAUGGUGGCGCCUCCAUCUCGUCGUCGUCAUCCUCUUCAUCGUCCUCCGCCCCCGCCCCUGCUAGGGGGUUGGGGUUUAUCUUUGGCAGAAGGAACACCAAUACCGCAAAUCAGCCUCUGGCUGAGGCGACCGCGGCAUUGGAGAAGAGACGGGCGAGGGAGAGGAGGGUGGCGGAAGUCUUUGGGCCGAUUGUGUGUCGUGGAGGUGGGGAGGUGGGGAGGGAGAGGGAAAGGAGAGCUGUGGAGGAGAGGAAGAAGGCGUUGGUGAGUUUGUUCCUGGGGCGGCCUGGUGGGUAAGGUGAAUAGAACUCGGAGACGUCGUCUGCGUGCUUGUUGUAUGACCUGUCUGAGUAGGAGUUACGGCAUGGUUGUUGGGAUCGGACCAAUGGAUGGCUAGUCAUAUCCUGGAGACCAGUAUGUUGGCGUUACCAGAAGAAGGCAUUACUGUAGUUUACGUCUAUCUGUUUACAUAGGAGCACUCGGCCUCGGAUGCUCUUCAACGAAGGCCAAUUCUCUCCGAGCGAUAUCGACCAGCUGGAACCCCUAUAAUCCAGUUGGUGCAUGAGCUCGCACAGAUGUAAAGGUGUCUCUGUCCUGACUACUACUAGUAGUCGCCCUCCUCACUACCUAGUCUGGCAGGUUAUGUCGAGUGGCUCGC